GACACACGCGGUGUCGUCGCUUACAACUAGUGCGACGUGCCAAGAGCCGAUGAACCUGUUGUUGAUCCAGUCCUGGAUUCAGGGCUUGAUGCCAACAGAGGGCAAAAAACUCCUCCGGUACAAAGGCAACUUUCCAAUCCCAGGCAAGCGAGCACCUGCUCGUGUCCAAGCCGUUGUCAUGCUCGUCCAAACGUUCUUUACCACGCCGUGGGCCACCAACUCGGAGCGCACGAGCCGCUUAGUCUUUACCGACCGCCAUCUGGGCACGUGGAAGCUCGAGGAACGCUUCAUGAUCUUUUGCUUUGCCGUCUCGGGUCCGAGGCGAACGUCACCCGUGGGUUGCCGAGGGCAUGACGGGAAUUCGUGCCGCGUGGAUUGUGGCACAGACGUUUGGGCUCGCGUGGACGACAAUGCAUUCAUUCGGGUCAGUCAAUUUGUGUGA